AUGGACUUGUCCAGACUCGCCCGUCCUGCUAUCCUCUGCCAGUGUUCUCGGUGCUCCAGUUCCCUGGCCGCAUUGGAGAAUGAAUGGGCUAAAUUGUCAAGCUCCUAUGCCAUUGCGGCAGGAUGGCUGAGCGUUGAGCUUCACCGGAUGUCGAUAUCAAAGGAGAAAAAGCAAGUGCCACAGAAUUCAGAAAUGAGCUUAUUACGGGGUCGAAUAUUACAGGAAGUUGCUUGCAAGCUCUGCCAGCAGAAGUUAGGGGUUUUGUGUCUGCUAGACGAUGGCCCAAAUAUCUUCUGGAAAUUAACCAAGGUGUCGUUUCGAGAAAUCGUCAGUAUGCGCACCGUCGAACCCCUGUUCAAAGACGGCUCCCUCGAACGUUUAAUCGGUCCGCCACCACAAGAACCAAGGCGCGAAUCGAAAGCGCUGGUACCUGCCAAUCGGAACGAGGUUGAUACGUAUAAUAUGUCGAUGGAACAACAGAUCCAGCACCAAAGCCUUAGCCUUGACCAUAUCUCCAACUCGGUCAACAUUCUGUACGAUACCAUGUCAGAGCUAAAACAAUCCUUCACGGCUCUUCGGAUCGAGUUGAAUGGGCCAGGGCUGCUAUCUUCUGACAAUACUGGUUCCCACGGCAAUGAUUUCGAUAUGAUCAGGACGGUGCUGAAGGAACUCAGGUCCAAAUCCGAAGAGAUUGAGAAAUUGAAACUGGAGAUUGAGGCUCUGAAGUUGAAGAAUCGAUUUAUGGAGGAGCAGACGGUGAGGAAUCCCAACUCGAUGUCUGGUGUUGAAGCAACAGUCGCGGAAGUUCGAAGUCCGGGGUUACUCCAAAGCAGUAGAAAACGUCCUUGGCCAGACUCCUUCCCAAGUGGUCGCACCCAACCAAUUGCGGAUUCCUUCGACGAGGAGGAGGAGGAUACCUUUGGUGAUUUCUCUCUUGCGGACAUGCACAUGCAAUCGGUCGAUGUAUCCUUGAAUGAUACCAUGGCUUCUCACUCAACAACGAAUUUACUACACGAACACCCAACUUCUGGAUCCCCGCAGCUUCGCAUUGAAGUCACGCAGUCGAGACCGCAUACCCCACAAGUUGAUAAGGUGGCGGACGAAACACCCGGGGCAGAUACAGAUAAAGGGCCCGCUGUAGUCAAGCGGCCUCGUAUAUCGCAGCCAGUUGAAAAGCCAUCAUCGAGCGGGAAUCUCGACAGGAAAAAGGCAGGAAGACCACGCAAAUCAAUCGACCAAGCCCCAAAGCCGGAUGCGAACCCGCCAGAAAAUCCAAAGCCAACUCCCCUGACUGAACAGAACGUCAAUACCUCCACAGAUACACAGCCUGAGCGGAUACCAUUAAAUGACAGCCCCAGCGAGGGCUCGGAUGCUAGGGUACGUGCUUCAGCGCGAUCACGAACCCUACGCAGUCGGUCGCGACCUCCAUCUGCCCGUCUAUCAGGCAAUGGACCGGCGCAGCGAACAGAUGGGAAUAAUGCCACAGUACCCGACGCAGCGGCCGGGGAGAACGGUGCCCUAAACAUCUCGAACAGUAACACAGGGAACCGAUCAUCAAAUCUAGAGAUGCACAUGAAGGAGAAUGCUCCUGCAUCGAUGAAAGACGCCAACAAAAAUUCUUCCAAGAAGAAUGAAACUGGCGAGCAGCGAAAGGCCCAGGUGGCCGCGCGAGAUCUCAUGGCACGCUUGGCUAUGCAGCGUGAGGAAGCAAUGGAAACGGAACAAGCCCGAUAG